AUGAGAAACUUGUUGAUCGGUGAAGGUGGUGGGGGCGAUGGGCGGAAUGACGCUGCUGUAGACCAGCUUUCCGCGAAAGAGACCGCCAGUGGCAGCGAGUAUUCUGAAAAUGAAUCUGUUAACUUUGAUAGCGACGAUGACUCCGACCCCGAGUUCGACCUCUCCCUCUUCCGAUCCGGCGCCAUCAACACCCCCAACGGAAUGUUCGUCUUCCCACUCCUCGCCCAGUACAGGAUCGGCUAUCUCUACACCCUCCUCCUCCUCUUCACCCACCCCCAGUGCCCCACCCACCCCACCACCCACCGCCUCCUCGCCCUUCUCCGCGACGCGAUCCUCAAAGCCCCACUCAUCCCCACCAUCACCUCCGAAUUCUACCUCCUCACCACAAACUACGAGACCCUCCUCCUCACCGGCUGGGCCAUCAUGCGCACGCACCGCGCGCGCGGCGUCUCCGCCGCCUUCAAGCAGCGCUCCCCUUUCUACGUUGUCGCCUCGCGCUACAGAACCACCUUCAUCGUCACCAAGGCCAGCUUCGAGUCGCCCAUCGCCGUCUGGGCGGAGGGCGUAAAGACGCCGUCGUGGUUCUAUCAGCUCCAUCAUCCGCGCGGGGAGUAUUACUACUAUAUGCCCGGGUUUAACCUCUCGUUCCGCAGGUGGCUUGAGAUUAUGGUGUUUCGGCCGGCUAGGAGACAUGAGUUGUUGAAGGUGGUGAGGAAUGCGCAGAUGGAGGUGGUGGGGUUGGAGUGGGAUAUGGGCUGUGUGCCUGGGAGGUGGUUUGUGGGCCGCUUGGGGGUGGCGAAUUGUAGGCGUGUGGGUGGUGGUGGUGCGCAGCCGGGGGGUAGAUAG